AAUACACGGGAUGCACAAUUAGCAGUGAGGCAACUGCCGGCAGCUGCCCUGGUAGAAGGAACAAGUUUUCCUACAGUCACACGCCAGUGGGUUUUUAUGCAUCAUUUCCCGAGCCUGGAGGAGUUCCAAAUACUGUUUGUGGCUCCCGAUCAGUGCCUGGGGCUUGUCAGCUUUGCCUGCCCACAAACGCCUGGAUCCCAGAGCGCUUCACUCCACCCUUUCUCUUCUGUGCACAGCUGCUCCGUGCUGUUCCCACUGACAUGCAGUGAAGAGCAAGGGAAUAUCACCUUUUAGCCAGGGCAGAUGUAGCCCAAAAGCUGUUCGGAAACUAUGUUUUAAUGCUCCUCUUUUUCCACCUAGAGAAGAGCAUUUUCCUAAGAUUCUGGAAAGCGUCUUUUCUGCCACCGAUUUCCUGCAUGACUUGGCUUUGUGCUGAGUAUGAGCAACGACUGACAGAAGCUGACAAAGUAGAAGAGAACAUCAUCCAGGCCCAGGAUCAAGCAAAAGCUGAAGAAGAAAGGGCCCUGAACAUGCUGAAGGCAGAUGCAGGAGAAGAUUUCCACAAAAUAGGAUUGCCACCAGUGGCAUCCUCUUUUAGGUGGAUGGUGGAUAAUGAACUCCUUAGAAAAAAUCACUUAACCUGCCCUGAUGAUUACAUUAGUGAUAAAUUACCUCUUGCAAAAGCACCAAAAGGAAAGUCAGAGCCUGGCUACAUGAAAAAGACGUUUAGUUUUAAACAGCGUGUUGCUUCAGACUUGUGCAACCAGAUACCUGCUGAUAUUGUACACCUACAGACAAUGUCUGUUAGUGUGCCAAAUAUGUUUUUAUCCACAUUAACUCUGCCUUCCGCUCCAGACUCUGGCCACCAGACUAAAAAGGCAAGUCAGAAGCUAGACUCGAAAGACAGUAAGUGCAAAGCAGAGGAAGAAAGUGAGCUGACUUACCUUGUCAAACUUAAGAAAAAACAGAAUUACUUGAAGAACCCUCGCUUUUUCCCACUAAAUGCUCUUCAUGGAGGCAAAUCACUUGUUCUUUCUCAAGAAAAAGUCGAAGAAACCAUAGCCAGAAGAAAAGCAGAAGAUAACAAAGGAGAUACUUCAUUUGUUCCUGUGUUUCUUGCCAAGCCAGCUACUGUUUUGUUUUCUGAUUAUGAAGUUGGCCAGGUUUAUGAGAAGAAUAUAGAGCUGCAGAACAUCACUUCAACAUGUCACCACGUAAGACUUAUCCCCCCUUCAACUUCAGUGUUUGCCAUUGGGCCAGGAAAAUUUCCAGGAAAGGGAGGAAUGAUUGCUCCUGGGAUGGCAUGCCAGUAUACAGUCCAAUUUAUUCCUGAAUAUCUAGGAGAUUAUGAAGACUGCAUAGUAGUGGAGACUCAAAUAUCAGAACCUCUUCUCAUCCCAAUCCAAGCUAAGAGACCACCUCCAGUGUUAACAUUGCCUCACAUUAUAGACUGCGGUUCCUGCCUUGUUGGAGGAACAAAAGUAAUGACAGUUUUGUGCAGAAAUGAGGGAUUUAGCACUGGGAAGUUCUGUAUAAUGCCACAGAAAGCCUGGCCACCUCCUAAUUUCAAGGCUGUUGCCACUCCUGGUUUUGUGAUACAAGACCCUUUUGGGAUCCAGCCUGCUGUUUUUGAGCUCACUCCAGGGCAGAGCACAACUGUAGAGUUGGUGUUUUUCCCUUCUUCUCCAGAAGUCUCACAACAAACAUACACCAUUGUUUGUGACAAUUGCCAAGUCAGUGAUGUUACAGUCACAGGGCUUGGACAGCUGAUAGCUCUGGAGCUUUUGUUCGUCACGGGUGGAGAAAGCAAAUACGAACCUGGUGAAGUUACAGAUGUAACAGCACAGCAUCUCAUACGAUUUGACCCCCAAAACCCACACACCACUGAGGAGAAGAUGUUGGUUAUAAGAAACUCUGCCCAUGUAGAACUCCCUUUCUACUGGCAGAUAGUAAAGCCUAAUCUGAAACCAUUAAUAUCAGAAGAAACGGCAGACUUCACGAAACUCAAAUACAGUCAAGGCACAGAGUCAGCCUUCUCCCUAAAUCCUGAGCAAGGAGUUUUGCUUCCUCAUGCUGGUCAUGCGUUUAUUCUCACUUACACUCCACAGGAGCUGAAGAGUUAUCACAGUGUGAUUCAAAUGGUACUGAGGGACAUCCCAGCACCACCUUGUUUAGUAAGAGAUGGGAUGCUUCAAAACAUUCGAGAAUACAAAGCAGAGGAUGUAAUAGCACUGGAAAUAGAGGUUAAAGGAUCAACAGAACCAUAUCAGCUUCUUCUGGAACCAUAUGCAAUUAUCAUCCCCGGAGAAAACUUCAUUGGUGUAAAUGUCAGAAAAACAUUUAAGAUGUGGAAUAACAGCAAAUCAUUGAUCAAGUACACUUGGGAGAAAAUAGUUUCUUGUGACAUCAUGGAAGUUGAACCUCAUACUGGCGUCAUAGAUGCAAAUGAAUUCUGUGAAUUUGAACUGCUAAUUACUGGAAGCAAACCUGGGUGCAUCAGCCGUAACUUGCAGUGUAAAAUUGAACACUGUCCACAGCCAGUUAUACUGCACGUUGAGGUUGCUUUUAAGGGUCCACUUCUUUGUAUUGAUGUUCCCUCGCUCCAGUUUGGUUUGAUUAAGCAGGGUGAGAGUGUGUUGAGUACCUUUGAGAUUAAAAAUCUGUGUCAGCUGCCAGCACAAUGGAGAAUGCAAGAAAGCCGUGUCUGUCUAGCUGAGAGGAAUGAAGAGGUAUCUCCCUUUACUAUUCAACCAUCUUCUGGAAAAAUACCUCCAUUGGGUGCAUGCACUGUGUCGGUUCGGUUCACUUCAUUGCUGUGCCUGCGCCUCCAGACAGUAUUAGACCUAGAGGUAGAAAAUGGAGAAGGAAGUCAUCUUCCUGUUUUUGUUGAAGUUCAGACCCCCCAAGCGUGCCUGAUAUCCAGUCAUCUAGUAUUCACUGAAAUUUAUACUGGAGUUCCUGCCAAAGCAACCAGCAAACUUUUUAACCAGACGCUGCUGCCAGCGAAGUAUUUAUGGGGAAAGCAGCUCAUUGGAAAUCAGGCACCUUUCUGUUCUGUCGCUGUCUCCCCAGCCAGUGGCACCUUAGGCCCAAAUGAAGAAAAGGAAUUCUGCAUAGAACUGUCAGCUAACAUCGUGGGGGAGCUGAAAGAACUUGCCCUUUCCUGUAGCAUAGAAGACAUGACUGAACCCCUCUUUCUGAGCAUUUCUGGAGAUGUGAAAGGACUACAUGUCACCUACUCAGUACCUUGUGACAGUGGAGUUGCCAGCGAUGAAAGACAAGUGUUACAAAGCCCGUGUGAUCUUCUUUUGGACUUCGGAUCUGAAGUUGCAUUCAAAGAUGUAGUAAAGCGUCAGCUAAUUCUUACCAAUCACACUGGAAUCAGUGCUCCAUUCAAACUAGAAGCUGAGUAUUUUACUGGCUAUUCACUUACUCCAGAAGAAGAAACCUGCCCCUACCUGGUGAGAAGAAGAGGGCCCGUCAAAAAACGUGCAGCCACAAAAGCACAAUCAGAUUUCACAGCAGCAGUACUGUCACAUGGGAAGGGAGUAGCUUUCCAUAUCCAACCUUCCACAGGAACUCUGAAAGCCUUCCAGAAACUAAUUGUAGAAAUAACAGCUUACAACAACAUGUGGGGAGAAUACUGGGAUGAUCUUGUCUGUGAGGUGGGAGACUUACUACCUAAAUUAAUUCCUAUGCAAAUGACUGUGAAAGGCUGUCCGAUCUUCCUGCAGAUGACAGGACCACAAACAGAACAACCCAUAAUCAGGUUUGGCACUCAUGCCUCUGGAGGGUGUCCUGUCUUUCGGAAGGUCUGGCUCAACAAUCCCACUCCCUUUGAUAUCCGCCUGGACUUGGAAAUGUACAAUCAAGAGGAAGAUGAUAAAAAGCUGGUAGACCUGUUGAUCUUCUUUGGAGACCCUUUUCCUCCUAAGGACACAGAUGAAAAUGAGAUUGCAUCAAUUGGUAGCAAUUCAGAGUCAGAGAUCGUGUUAAAGUCAGAUGAAACUGCCAUUCCCUGCGGAAGCAUUUAUCCAGCUUUGCGAAGCACAGAUGAGUCUUCAGAUGCUGACAACAAAGAGGAGGAAGAAUCUACAAUACAGAAAAACAUCUCUGUACUUAUACGACCUCACGAAGGGGUUCGUGCAGACAACCCUUACUCCAUUACUCCAAGACAAAUAAUGGUUCCAGGAGGUGGCAGCAUCUCUGUUUGCAUCUCCUUCACCCCACGGGUCCUGCCAGAGGCUGUGGCUGAAGUGGAGUGUAAAGGAUUUGUGCUGUGUUUCAUGAGCCUAGAUGACAAGCUUGCAAAGAUGGUACCUGACAAAGUGAACCGCAAACAUGGCUAUGAUGCUCCACCGUUACGAGUUGACUUGCAAGCUUUUGUAAGGCAUGCUCUGUUAAAAAUAGAUAUGCCUCAUGAUGGAGGAAUGGUGUUUUAUUCAAUGGCAAGUGAUCUCCUACCAGAUCCACGUCUGUCAAGAGUUUUGACAGAUUCAGUAAUGACUCAGAGUUUGAAACUCAUCAAUUGCACUAAGGUUCCUCUGUACUUCAGGCUCCUUCUGUCUACGCCCUUCAGCGUGUCCAGUACAGAUCCCAAAAAAAGCACCAAAACAUCCCACAGCAAGAAGGAGGAAAAAGAACACCAACCACAACUUGUACUUUAUCCACAGCAAAACAUACUGGUGAAAGUGUCAUUCCACACAACUCCGGAGUUACUUACAUAUCAACAUUUGCCAGAUACCCAGCUGCUUCCUGGACUCCAAGUGCUCCAGUGUGAGAACGGAGAGAGAAAGCUGAAGUUUAAUCAAAAUCUGGUCAUUGAACAUAGUAACAAUACUACCCAGCUGGUCCCAGUGACUGCGUACCUCACUGUUCCAGUUCUGGAGCUCUCUUGUGACACAGUUAAUUUCAAGACCUGCUUUGUUGCACAGACCAAGACCGAACAUGUCUUCCUGUACAAUAGGAGUGGCUGUAGAAGUUACUGGACUGCUUUACUGGAUGAAUGGGAAAGGCAUAACAACCCAGACGUAUUUUCUGUCUCCCCUGCUAAUGGUGUUUUGGAGGCACGUGAAGGAGACCAACCUACCAGAGAGAUUCUGCGGAUCAGCUUUACUGCAAGGAGCGAUGUUGAAUACGAAAAUAUUGUGACCAUUACUGGAAUGCUGGGAGAGAUGCCUUGGAAACUACAGCUCAGGGGACAGGGAACAUACGACGAAAAGUAUGAAGAACUGGAUUUAUCUUAAGCAAGAAAAUGUGGAACAUGUUAAGGUAACAGGUUGGAUGCAGGCGUGCCAGCAGCUGAGCCUGCAUUUUCUUAUACUUCUGUUGUUUUAAUUUGGACUGGAAUUUCAGCAGAAUGAAAUUAUAAGUUACGAGGAAAAAAAACUCAUGGUACCUUAAAGCAAGAAGUCAUAGUCUCACUCUGUGUUAUUCCUUUGAUCGCUAUGAUAAGCUUACCAUCACCCACAAAACCGGGCUCAGCAAAAUAACCGGUUUGAAGCUGCAGAGCGGCAAUGAGUUAGACCAAACCCCUGUGCAUCACAGCAUACCUCAAAUGGCAAUUAAAGACCAUUCUUACCUUAAAAGCAGCUUUUGUUUUAUCUUGUUUAUUUGCUUGACAUUAAAACAGACAUUGACACAUCAUAAAAGCAAGGAUUAGUGAACAGGAAAGCAUUCCCUGGGCUGUUUUCUCAGUGCCUUGCAUGAACAGGGGAAGACCCGGCUUUCCCUGGAGUCCUUGGAAAACUACCAACCUGCAUGUUUCAUCAUGCUUGGGUACUGAGAACAUCCCCUUCAGCUACAGAGGGAGGAACCUUUCCUCCUUUUAAUUCCUCCCCCCACACACACACACAUGGUUCUCAUUUACUCACAACUCUCUUUAAAUGUUUUUAGUAUUACUUUAGCUAAAGGUCACUGAAAUUCCCACUUCUGAGUCUGUUAAGUUUCCCACUCCCAUCGUAUAAUAAAAGGUUUUUGUUAACAGCAGUGCAUGUGGGGAGGACUAGAAUCCAUGCUGGAGGAAAACAGAAGGCACAGGAUAGCUGCCUCCUGCCUCGUUUAAAACAUUUGUACCAUACUAGCACUGCAAUCUCAUUUUACAGACAGGAACUUCAGUGUGGAGAAAGGAUCCUUGGAGAUGCCAAAGCCUCUCUGGCCCCUGUAAAUAAUUCCAUGGUUUUGCUCCAUAAUACAUGACAGGGGAUCGCUGGGGAGUGAGACUAGAGAACAGGAAAGGGAGAAUAUUGAAGAGCUCUAGCUAAUCGUGACCUUCGACUAACAAUCAUCGUAAAGAGAAAACAAAUAUAUUGCAUUUAUAUACCAUUUGCCCAAUUGUAUUUAGUGCAAAACUUAAGAGCCAGGACGAAGAACUUGAGUCUGUAUUACAGAUUUACACUUCUCUACCAUGUCAAAAACAAUAAGUACAUUUCUUUUCCAUUCUUUUACCUCCGAGUUUCAGUGAUACUUCUGCUCAGAAGCAGAAGAAAAGAUAAGGGAGAGCUUUACAAGAUGAACUGCAGAUUUGUACUGAGAUGUCACUGAUGUUGAUGUAGUGUUUGCAGUAGGAAUAACACUGAAAUCUGGUUUAUGUUAGGUAAGUAAAUAUUAUUAUGCUUGAGUUUUUCUUCUAAGUUAGAGUCACACAAGCUGAUAAUUAGAAAUGUGUUGUAAAAGGUGGAAUGGUCAC